AUGCUAUACUUUGAUUUUUAUGUAACAAAAAUAUACCCUCUCUGUUAUUUCUCUCUCUCUAUCUCUCUUUCUCUCUCUUUCUCUCUCUUUCUCUCCAUCUUUCUCUCUCUUUCUCUCUCUCAUCUCUCUCUCUCUCUCUCUCUCUUUCUCUUCUCCUCUUCUCUCUAUCUCUUCUCUCUCUUCUCUCUCUCUCCCUCUCUCUCUCUCUCUCUCUCUCUCUCUCCAUCUCCAUCUCUAUCCAUCUCUCUCCCUCUCCCCCAUCUCCCCAUCCUCUCCCAUCUCUCUCCAUCCCUCUCUCUCUCUUUCUCUCUCUCUCUCUCUCUCUCUCUCUCUCUCUCUCUCUCUCUCUCUCUAUCUCUCUCUCUCUCUCUCUCUAUCUCUCUCUCUCUCUCAUCUCUCUAUCUCUCUCUCUAUCUCUAUCUAUCUCUAUCUAUCUAUCUCUCUCUCUCUCUCUCUCUCUCUCUCUCUAUCUCUCUCUCUCUCUCUCUCUAUCUCUCUCUGGUGUUCCUUUUAAUCUACUUUGGCUUCUAUUUUUCUGUUAAUCGUUUCUUUCCUUUUUUCUGUCUUUUUUCCCCUUUUUUGUCUUUUUUUUCCCCCUUUUUCUGUCUUUUUUUUUCCUUUUUUCUUUUUUUCCCCCUGUCUUUUUUUUCCCCCUUUUUCUUUUUUUUUUCCCCUUUUUCUGUCUUUUUUGUCUUUUUCCCCCUGUCUUUUUUUUUUUUGUCUUUUUCCCCCUUUUUCUGUCUUUUUUUCCCCCUUUUUCUGUCUUUUUUUCCCCCUUUUUCUGUCUUUUUUUCCCCCUUUUUCUGUCUUUUUUUCCCCCUUUUUCUGUCUUUUUUUUUCCUUUUUCCCCUCUUUUUUUUCCCCUUUUUUCUGUCUUUUUUUUUCCCCUUUUCUGUCUUUUUUCCCCUUUUUCUGUCUUUUUCCCCCUGUCUUUUUUUUCCCCCUUUUUUCUGUCUUUUUUUCCCCCUUUUUCUGUCUUUUUUUCCCCCUUUUUCUGUCUUUUUUCCCCCCUUUUUCUGUCUUUUUUCCCCCUUUUUCCUUUUUUUUUUCCCUUUUCUGUCUGUCUUUUUUCCCCCUUUGUCUUUUUUUUCUGUCUUUUUUUCCCUUUUUUCUGUCUUUUUCCCCCUUUUUUUUUCCCCCUUUUCUGUCUUUUUUUUCCCUUUUCUGUCCCCCUCCUUUUUUUUUCCCCUUUUUCUGUCUUUUUCCCCUUUUGUCUCCUCCUCCCCUUUUUCUCUCCUCCCUCUUUUUCUCUCUCCUCCUUUUCUCUCCUUUUUUUUUCUCUCCUCCCCUUUUUCUCUCUCCUCCCCUUUUUCUCUCUCCUCCCUCCCUUUUCUCUCCCCCUUUUUUCUCCUCCCCUUUUUUUCCCCUUUUUUGCUUGCUGCAUUUCAGAAGAAAAAGACAAAGAAGAAAAAGAAGAGUGAUGCAAGUGUUGAAGAGUCAGACUCCUCCCCACAACAAUGUCCAAGCCAGCCCCCUUCACCAGAGUGUGGCUCUCCAGCAGGUGCUGGUGCUGUGUGUCCACCCGUCCAACCCUCAGAAGAUGCUGACCCACCAAAUGACCACCAAAUAUUUGAAGAGAUGACUGAUCUAUCUUCUGAUCAUUAUUUAAAUGAGACUGAAGAUUUUACAGAUGAAGUCAAUCAGUCCUUAUCGGAAAGUGAAAGGCAAAAUCUUUUCCAAGCUGCUCGGAUGGAACUACGCCAAGCGAGUAGCAAGAUCAGCGAACUGGAGGAAUCUGUUUUGGGCAAACAGCGAGCAUUAGAGCGGCUGGGACGUGAGAUUCAGUCAGUGAAAUCAGAAAAUGAACGACUCAAGCAAGAAACUGUGAUUUCUAAUUCUCAGAUGAAUUCAUAUGACCAUCUUGAGAAGUGUAAACCCGGAUGUCAAAGAGACCAAAUACUACGGAUUCAAGAACUUGAAAAUGCAAUUGUAAAGCGAGAUGAACUUUUGCGGCAGUUAUCUUCACGAUUGCAAAUCUCAGUGCAGGAAGCUGCUGACAAGGGUUUACAACAAGUGUGUUCAGCAGAAACACAAAAGUUAGCCCAACAGGUCCAAUUGCUUCAACUUCAGUUACAACAGGCUGGAGAGAAGUUGAAUGGACAGAUGAAACAGCAUUGUGUUUCAGCGCAAGCCUUACAAGACGCCAAAAACGAAAUCCUCAACCUUCAGUUGGUUAUCCAGCAGAAAGAUGAAAUGAUGUCUCAACUUGUCCAGAAAUUGUCCCAAGUUAAUGAGGACUAUGUCCAACUGCAAUCGUCUACAGCCAUUGCCGAACAGGAGAUGAUUGACCACCAGGAGCUUUUAAAACAACUUAAUGCCUUAAAGGAACGGUCUGAUUCCUUGUCACAGAAUUUGGAUGAGGAGAGACAGAAGAACCAACAGCUGGAGAAGCAACUGAAGGAUGAAAACUUGAUGUUAAUGCACAAUGCCCAUGUGAGUGCCCCCCGCCCUUUUGCCUAG